GAGAGAGAGAGAGAGAGAGAGAGAGAGAGAGAGAGAGAGAGAGAAACCAUGCCAAACAACCAUACCGGCAGCAUCGAGCUGAUUACACUCCAGCGGCCAGCACACACACUUUUGUGAGCUAAUGGAUGCUUUCCAGCUUCUCUUUCUUGUUGCAGUGGUGACCUCCAUAUCAGAAUGGAAAUCAGUUUCAGAUUCCUGCAAUUCACAAUGUAAGACCAUGACUGAGCAGAGCUUUAGAGUUCUUGAAGGGGAGUCUUUUUUUUUGGUACCUUACACUAUUUUCAAACCAAACUUCAACAAUAAAAAUUUUACAUGGUACAAAUAUAUCACCCAAAAUCAGAAUAUUUCCUCUGAUAAGAAAGCCCGGGUGCAUUACCAAGGCGAAGCACUCUUUCUCUUAAACCUCAGCAUUUCUGAUUCUGCGUAUUACACUGCUUGGGAAAUCAAGUCUUCAGGACGAUGUGUUAACUACCCUGUAAAAAUUGAAGUGUACAAUGCAAGUUACAAAGGAAGCAAGAUGCUCAGCUACGGAGAAAUCAAAAACUCUGAUCAGAGCAAAAAGGUCGAAUGUCCAGAUCCAGUCCAAAGCGCAUGCAGUGAAUUCAAAGGAAACAUCACCUGGUACAAGGACUACACUCUUAUAAAAGAUCAGCAUGAAGUCAAAGUGAGAGUGCAUCAUGCUACCAAAGACCACGAGGGCCUCUACACCUGUAUUUGUACCUGGGCAUACAAUAACAAGGUGUACAAUACGUCAGGUUCCAGAGAACUUGUACUUCAAGAGACAGCUAUGCACCACCUAGAAAUUCUGACCCCAGCUGAUGAGUCGCGGGAGCAGUUUGCUGAUGAAGGCUCUGAGAUUAAGCUGAAUUGCUCAGUUUUGUGUGGGGCUAAUGUGAAACAUGACUGCAAUGCCAGCUGGUACAUCAACGGAAUUCCUUUCAAAAACAGGGAUGGUUAUAGUCAAACUACCAAAAUAGCAAUUGCGGAACCUUCGAAGAAUACCAUUGUCACUGCAAUCCUCACCAUUAAAAAAGUGUCUGCUAAGGAUUUUCAACAGAAGUUUGGGUGCUUUGGCGAGGGCUAUUACAAAAAAAAGAAUACCACUUUAACUCUUAAGCGGAAAGAAUCCAUAAUUCCACUUGCCAUUGGAGGAGUAUGCGUGUUAUUCAUUGGUGUUUUUGUCGCUGUGUUGGUCAAAUACUUUGCCAUUGACUUAGCUCUGUUCUUCAGACCCUACUUCCCACUAAGCAGUAGCAAUAAAGACACAAGUUUAUAUGAUGCCUAUGUGGUCUACCAGACACCAAUGGACAAGAUCACUGAGGACAGACUCUCUCAGUUUAUCAUACAGACUUUGCCCUCUGUCCUUGAGGAUAAGUGCGGAUAUCGGCUCUUUAUCCACGGGAGGGAUGACAUACCAGGGGAAGAUCGUCUGGAGUUGGUGGAGGAAUGCAUGAAUCAGAGCAGGAGGCUCAUGGUCAUUCUCACACCAGAUCUGGGAUCAGGCUCCGUGACGACAGAGCGAUGGCCUGCCUCACCCCAAACCUCAGUGAUGGGAGGGUUUGACUGGCAGGUGGGGCUCCACCAUGCAUUGGUCCAGAGGGAACUGAGUGUGAUUUUGAUCCAGCUAGGAGACACAGGGCCACAGCAAUACACCCACCUCCCCCCGGGCUUGCAGCACCUGAUUCGUAAGAGUGCCCCUUUGAAGUGGCCAGAGGGCUCUGGAGGCGCUGCAGCAUGGAACUCUCGCUUCUGGAAGAGAGUGAGAUACCUGAUGCCUGCCACACCUGUCAAAAAAUGUGCACAGUCUACUAUCGUCUAAUACAUCUUUUAACACGUUUUGUUUAUUUUUUUAUACCAUUAUAUUCCUUUUAUGCAUUAUAUAUUAUCAUAUAGUUUCCAUUUCAAAGUCAUUUUGUUCUGUGAUGUUAUUUUAUUGAGCUAAGUUGUUUUUCUUGUUUUGGCUCCUAAAACGGUAAUUUCCCACCUUGUGAGAAAAGCAAAGAAUUUCUUAUUCUUUUCUUUUAUAUAAUAAAAGUAUUUGUAUUUAAUUGCUCACAUGCUUCUCACUCCAUAAGGCUUUGUACAUGAUGACCAUCAACUUUAUUUUGGUGUAAGUAAGCAAACAAGCAGUAAUAGCAGUUACACAUACUUGAAUAGUUGGUGCACAAUUGAAUAUUUUGAAUUUCAUUUUGAAUUUUUCCUUUCAGUUCCAUUAAUGGUGCCAUUAAUCUAUGGUUAAUUUUUACUAAUUUCAUUGUCAGUUUGAACCUUUUUAUUAACAUAAUGUGGGUGACAUGUUGAGAAGUUUAGAAAAGGCAUUACAAUUCCUGGAUUGGCUAAAGUCUAUCGUCGAAAAGAUUUAGUUAUUGUUUAAAGCUACUGUUUUUUAUUUUUAUCCAUUUCAAAAGUUGAUGAAAACAUGAAAUUGUUUUCAUCAACUGAAGUUCUAAAGUGUUUAUCCAGUAGAGGGAGACAAAUAUCACUGUUACUGUGUGUUCGUCAAAACUUUCUCUACCCUGUGUUCACUUUUAAGAACACAGGGUAGAGAGAUGGGGGGGACAAUAGAAUCAUAGAAGAUGACUGCUGCAUGCAAACCACAGAAGUCACAUGAGUCACAUUGUGACUACGUUGCUGUUGCUAAAUGUUUGAUAUGAAUGUACUUUUUUCAAAACCACAUAUAACUUCAUUAAUAAUGUUUAUGUCAGGCUGGUGUUCAUCGACGCAACUUUGUGCUGAACAUCGGGGGGGUCAAGAUCUCUGUCUAAAUAAAUGAAUAAAUCUGGGUGAAUUCCCAGAUGAUUAAACAUGCA